AAUGCCACACACACACUCCACUCCAUUUCGCGCUACUCUCUCUCCCUCUCUCGCAAUUGCACAGUAGCAGCUUCAUUUAAAGCUGGCGUUUUGAUAUUCAUCAUAUAAGAUUGCCAUAGCAGAAUGGUAGUUGGCAGGACCGCACAGACAUAUUUUCCUAAAGAAAUUCCGAUGGCAUUGAAUGGGAAAUGGGCAAGAAACUUGAGUAAGAACCAGCUUGGAAGCGUCAUAUUUGGCUGCACAAAACAAACCAUGGAUGAGUGUCUCACGAAACAACUCUUCGGUCUGCCGGCACCACACUUUUCAUACGUAAAGAACAUCGAGCCAGGUUUACCACUUUUUCUGUUCAACUACAGCGAGAGAAAACUUCAUGGUAUCUAUGAAGCUGUUGGCUCAGGUAAAAUGAAUAUUGAUCCAUAUGCUUGGACAAUAGAUGGUUCAGAAAGAACAAGGUAUCAAGCUCAGGUUCAAGUACGCCUGCGCUUGCAGUGCCAAGCCCUUACUGAAAUUCAGUUCAAGCUAUCAAUUUUUGACAACUAUUACGGCCAGAGUCAUUUCCGGUUUGAGUUGGAUCAUGCCCAAACAAGCAGAUUGAUCUCCCAGUUCUCCUCUCAAGCAGUUGCUCCUAGGAUCAGUAUAAAACCAUAUCCCCCAAUUUGGACUGCAAAGCAGAUGAUCCCCUCGACCAACAAGAUAAAAAAAAGUGGAGCUUCUGAGCCACCAGCUUCGGCGGAUAAUUUUUCCAACUACGAUGAUUCUAUUUCUACAUCUACGACUUCAGAUAACUCAAUCUCUCUGAAUGGAAACAAACAACUGAUUGGGGGAGCCAUCCAAGGGGAACAAUUCGAUGAAAAAGAUCUUAUCCUCAUGAAAAUAAAGGAACUAGCUCUCAGCAGUAAAUUCACGGAUGCUAAUUUGAUAUCUGGUUCAGUAGGAGAGACAUCCACAAGUGAUGAUGGUUUGCAGUGUGAAACUCGAGAUGAUGACCAGGUGACUUUGGGAAAGAGGAACAGUGAAAGCUCUUCCGAUCAAUUUGAUUCCCUUGCGCUUGUUGAGAAGUUGUACAUGGAAAUUGAAGAGCUAAAGACUUUUAAGCUAGAACAAAUUACGAAGACAGAGAGUUUGGCAAAUAAGCUGAUUGAGGCAGAACAAGAAAUUCUUCGAUUGCAAAAUAGAUGCUCGGUGCUGGAGUACAUGUGUGAUGUUUCUGAGCAACCUGUGUAUGCCCGAGAGCUUGUGGAGUCACCUGAUGAAUAUCACUUAAAUAUAGAUGAGUCAAUAUUGAUAGUGGGUGGAUAUGAUGGUGUAUCUUGGUCAUCAGCAUUGCAGUCCUUCCUGCCUUCAAAAGACAUCUUAAGAUCUCUUAAGCCUAUGUCUUCUGCUCGAUGGAAUGCCCCAGUCGUGGCAUUUAAUGGAGAACUCUUUGUAUUUGGUGGUGGAAGUGGUUCUAAGUGGUAUGAUACAGUUGAGUCCUAUAACAUUGUAAACAAUGAGUGGACUCUGCGUCCUUCCCUGAACAAAGAAAGAGGCAGCUUAGCUGGUGCUGCUUUAAAUAAUAAAAUAUUUGCAAUGGGUGGAGGAAAUGCAAUGGAGUUCUUCUCAGAUGUAGAAAUGUAUGAUCCGUUUGUCGGAAGGUGGAUUCCUUCACGCUCAAUGCUCCAAAAGCGGCAUGCUCAUGCUGCUGUGGAGUUGAAUGGUGCACUCUAUGCUGUUGGGGGAUUCGAUGGACAAGAAUAUUUGAAUUCUGCUGAAAGGUUUGACCCCAGGGAAAAUUCAUGGACCAGAAUCCCGAGUAUGGAAGCAAAAAGAGGCCUCCACUCACUUGUUGUAAUGAAUGAAAAGAUAUAUGCGCUUGGUGGUUAUGAUGGAACAGCAAUGACACCCAGUUUUGAGAUAUAUGACCCUCGGCUUGGAUCAUGGAUGACGGGAGAACCCAUGAAGCAAGGCAGAGGCUACUUCGCUGCUGGUGUUCUUCAUGAAUCUAUUUACGUUAUUGGAGGGAUUGAGUCUGAUGAGCAAAUCAUCGAAACGGUUGAGUGUUACAAGGAAGGUGCAGGUUGGGAAGCUACAAACCUGAGGGCUGUAGGAAAGAGAUGCUUUGCCUCAGCCAUUGUUUUGGAAGGGAAAUGAAUCGAUGUAUUGAAUGUUACAUAUAAUUUCUGAAAUCCAAUUCUAAGCAAUUAGGUGAUUUUACAUAUAAAAUCUAUGAAUGAAAUUUAGUUGCUUGGUCCCAGGAA